AUCAGCAUCAACAUAGAGCUACAGCAACCAUGAACGAGUGUUGAUCUGGUCGGAAUCACCACUCAACCAGGAUUUCAAUAUCGAUAAUGACAAGCUGUGAUAGCUUUUCAUUCACCAGAGAUUAAAGUGUUCUACCUGUCCUCAGGAUUAAAUUACAAGGAAGAGGACGUAGCAUCUGAUAUUCUCAGGCAACAUGGGCAACCAGGAAGCUAAACAAAAAAAAUCUGUAGCAGCAUCUGGUAAUGGAGCCUACCCUUCACUGGAAGAAGGAUGGAGUGAGGGAGGAGGGGACGUGACAAGGCGGGAUGGUAAGAAACACUAUGGUAAAAAUGAAGGUAAAAAGACAUGCAACACUAAAGGAGGAGGAGGAGGAGGAACGAAUGGUACAGGUCCAGGCAAGAAGAAAAACAAAUGUGAGUCCAAGUCAUCUAUUUUUUCUAUCCGGAAGAGAAAGGAACCUCUCAAAGGUAAAGAUGCAUGCUCUUCAGUAACAGGCUCGAGUGAAUAUGUGCUCGCAUCGCAUCACAAUGAGCUGGCCAAAACACCUGAUCUGUCUGCAGAUGAGCUCGGACCAUCAGACACUGAACCAGACUCCCCGGGGGGGAAAAAGACACAAGGUGAGAGCAAAAGUGAGCAGAAGCCAUGGAAUGCAGCAGAAGCAGUAGCCUCUCCCACAGAGGAUGGAGGUCAGAAAGGUGGGAGUUCUGGGUCUGACACUGACAUUUACAGCUUCCACUCAGCAGCAGAUCAUGAGGAUUUGUUAGCAGACAUCCAGCUUGCUAUCAGGCUUCAACGGCAACAUGAAGGGCUUGACACGGUUACUGGGUCACAGGUACAAGGUGAAAGCAGUGUUAGCAAGGGACAAGAGGUAAAGAGAAAGCAGAGUAAUGGAGCUGUUAAAUUACCCCCCACUCAAAUACUUGAACUGACGCCGGAAUUAGAGCUUGGAUCAGAUGCGCUGUCUUUCUUGGAGGUCGAAGCCCUGUCGAAAAUAGACAAGCGCACUGAGAAACCAGAAGGAUUGCACUUCUCCUCCCUCAAAGAGGAAUCCAAAACUAGGGAUGAUGGUGGGAAAGAAACGGAGAGGGAUCAGGAGAUCAACGGGAAGGGGAAGAAUGCAAGAAAGUCCUCUGUUAAUGGUACUAUAGUCACAAAAGACCAGAAUGCCCCGGUGAAGCAGUAUCCACCCACAGUCAUUGCCAUCGCUGCAGCCAGGGGGGCUGCAGUCAACCCAGUUCCUAUGACAACUGCCGGCAACAGCUUCCCCGAUCGAACAUUGGACAGUGCGGGCACACAAUGGGAGCAGGAAGCAGGAGGUGAAAACCAGAGUGAAGUGCAGUGGGAGCCUGGUAUGAAUGAAGCGCCGAUUCCUCCACUCGACAACCACAAAAAAAGCGGAGUUACCAUGGUAAGAAUUGAUACAGGGAAUGUGCUAGAAGAAUGCGCAAGUGCUGAGUCACCUGCAGACUGCUUAAGUAUUGUAUCAGAAAGUAACCACUUAGCUGCUGCUGGGACCAAUGCGUCCCCCUCCACGAGGAACAGUGCUUGCUUCACACCUUCCCAAGGUAGUCCCACAUUGGCUAAAAACAUCCACAGGUCCAACCAGGCCUCUUCUCCCUCAACCCCCGUGGUGAAAGCCCACCCUCCCAUCUUCCCUUCAUACAUCAAGACCACCACAAGACAACUCAGCUCACCAGGACACUCACCAGUUCUGUCUCCCUCCCAUAGCCCCAUGUCACUAAGAAGAGCCCAUCAUCACUUCCAAAGGAUGAUGGGCGGUGAUCACCAAGUCCCAAGGCCGUGCUCCCGAAGCAAUGCUGGUACUCUGAGUCGCUCAGCUGACUGGACAGAGGAGUUUGAGAGAAGAAUGAGGUGCAGUCUCAACAAUGGUGACUAUAGGGAUUUAGAAGAAUACAGUUACAGAGGUGGAGGAAGCCAACCUAUUUGUGCUACAAGAAGAUCUUCCUGUGGACAAGUUGCGACAUGCAGCUUCCAAGAUGUUUUUACAGGUAGAACCCUCCUAGAGAAACUGCUCCUUCAACAGCAGCAGGAGGAGCCAGAGGAAGCUGAGAGGCUCUGCUCCAGAAUAUUAGCCAUUGGUCUUCUCCUGCCUUUCACUGACUGCUUCAGACAACAGCUGGGGGCCAGCCCUACGCAUAUCACUUCUGCUGGAUCAGCUAACUUCCAUCAUGACCAGCUGUAUACAUGGGCUGCUGUUAACCAGCCAUCUUUUUCCCUUGAUCCUCUUGAGGGGAAGCUACCAGGUAAUCUUAAAGACUUCAGGCCGAGUGGCGACAAGACUGGAGUCAGAGUCACUGAUACAGAACAUCAUACAGGCAUCUUGGGUUGGCAACCAAAUGAGAGCCAAGAUAUUCAGGAGGAGGUUUUCCUGAAAACAGUGAAACUGAAGGAAAAACAUGUCAAUGUCAUCCAACAACUGGAGCAAACCAUUGAAGAUCUCAGGACUAAGAUUGCUGAGCUAGAGCGACAGCCUCCUCUGCUGGACAGAGACAUGAAAACAGACCAGGACCGUGUAGGAGAGGAAGGCCUUUUGAGGGCAGUGUGUGAUGCUCACUUUCAGACCGAAGCAGCUCACUUUCUGGGCUCCCUGGAGGCCAAAUCUGUGCAAACAUCACCAAUGGAUGACAGCUUUAAGUUUAAAGUGCCUUACGGUGGACCAUCUCUUCCUUUGCCAGGACAAGUAGCAGAACCUAUACCACCACCUCUUCCACCCUUAUCAGUAGGUUCAAUACCACCACAACCACCACCUCCUCCUCCUCCUCCCCCUGCUGGACUUGCUCCACCCCCACCUCCUCCACCUUUCCAUGGUGGACCUCCUCCACCACCACCUCCUCCUCUCCCUGGUGGACCAGCUCCACCCCCACCUCCUCCUCUCCCUUGUGGUGUUGCUCCACUCCCACCUCCUCCACCUCUCCCUGGUGGACCUGCUCCACCACCUCCGCCUCCGCUUCCUGGUGGACCAGCUCCACCCCCACCUCCUCCUCUCCCUGGUGGUGUACCUCCACUCCCACCUCCUCCACCUCUCCCUGGAGGACCUGCUCUACCACCUCCUCCUCCUCUCCCUGGUGUACAAGCUCCGACACAUUCUCCUUUUCUCUGUGGUGGACCAGCUCCACCCCCACCUCCUCCUCUCCCUGGAGGUGUUGCUCCACCGCCAUCUUCUCCACUCCCUGGUGGGAGCAGUGCACCUCCGCCCCAUUGUCGUGGGCCUCCCAGCGCCCCUCCUCCUCCUGGAGUGAUCUGUGUUCCUGCAGCUCCCCCAGGAGCUCUGGGCAACUUGCCUCCGCCUCUGCCUUUGGGGCUAUAUAGUAUGGGCCUCAACCAGGAGAGGCCACCCAGGAAAGCAGUGGUGGAGCCUCCCAGACCCAUGAAGCCACUGUAUUGGACCAGAAUCCAGUUGCACACUAAAAAGGAAAUAUCCUCUGCAUCUGUAUGGGAGACGAUAGAGGAGCCUGAUGUGGACUUUGAGGAGUUUGUAGAGUUGUUUUCCAAAACAGCCGUGAAGGAGAAGAAGCAGCCACUCUCUGACACAAUCACCAAGUCCAAGGCCAAACAGGUUGUCAAGCUCUUAAACAACAAACGAUCUCAGGCUGUAGGAAUCCUCAUGUCUUCGCUCCACCUUGAUAUGAAAGACAUUCAGCAUGCAAUCUUAAACUUGGACAAUACAAUAGUUGACCUUGAGACGCUUCAGGCCCUUUAUGAAAAUAGGGCCUUGCAAGAGGAAUUGGACAAGAUUCAAAAACACAUUAAAUCCACUAAAGACAAGGACAAUGCUAAACCUCUGGAUAAACCUGAACAGUUUCUCUACCAGCUCUCCCAGAUCCCCAGCUUUUCUGGUCGAGUCUUUUGCAUCCUCUUCCAGUCUAGCUUCUCUGAGUGCAUGUCGUCCUUAAUGAGGAAACUGGAUACAUUGCUGAGUGUAUGCAAGGCGUUACAAGACAGUAAAAAGGUGAAGCAGGUUCUAGGUCUGGUGCUGGCUUUUGGCAACUUUAUGAAUGGAGGAAAUCGCACAAGAGGCCAAGCUGAUGGUUUCAGCCUUGACAUCCUUCCCAAACUCAAAGAUGUCAAGAGCAGUGACAGCAUGAAAAGUCUUUUGUCUUACAUCGUUGCAUACUACCUAAGGAAUUUUGACGAGGAUGCUGGAAAAGAGACUUGUGUUUAUCCUCUCCCUGAGCCUCAUGAGUUGUUCCAGACUUCACAGAUGAAGUUGGAAGACUUUCAGAAAGACCUGACUCGACUCAGGAAAGACCUUAGAUCAUGUACCUCAGAGGUGGAACGAGUGUGCCAAGCUUCAGUUGAAGAUAACCUACAGCCUUUCAAGAACAAGAUGGAUGAUUUUAUUUCAGAAGCGAAACAUGAGCUUGAAGCAUUGGAAAGUCAUCUCAGCAACACACACAAACUGUUCCUAGAGCUCACAUUAUUCUACUCAGUGAAGGCAAAGGCAGGCGAGAAGGAGGUUUCACCAAACACUAUUUUUUCUAUUUGGUAUGAGUUUUCCUCUGACUUCAAGGACCUGUGGAAGAAGGAAAACAAAUCCAUUCUUAAGGAGAGGUUAAAAGUAGCAGAGGAGUGUUUCCGACAGGCCAAAGAGCGGGCCUCCUACAGUGUGAAACCUAAACAUGCUACAGGAAUUAAAGCCAAGCUUGACAUGAAAAUUUGACCCACUGGACUUUCUUUUUGAUGAUCGAUGAUUGAUUUGACGACGUCGGGGUUCUCAGUCUGGUGCCAAAUUCAGUUUCCAGGACAAUUUCACUGAUUAACUUGCUGAUGACAGACAAUGAUCGCUCAAUACACGCUCUAUUCUUCUGUGCUGGAUUUUAUAUAUAUAUAUAUAUAUAUCCCCAUCCAUCCAUUUUCUGUACCGCUUUUCCUCACUUGGGUCACGGGCGUGCUGGAGCCUCUCCCAGCGAUCUUCGGGCGAGAGGCGGGGUACACCCUGAACUGGCCGCCAGCCAAUCACAGGGCACAUAUAAACAAACAACCGUUCACACUCAUAUUCACACCUACGGGCAAUUUCGAGUCUUCAAUCAACCUACCACGCAUGUUUUUGGGAUGUUGGAGGAAAGCGGAGUACCCGGGGAAAACCCACGCGGGCACGGGGAGAACAUGCCAUCCACCGUGCCGCCUAUAUAUAUCUGGAAACUGGGAAAAAGACAAGAAUUUUGAAAGACUAAAAGGGUGACUUUAUCAAGUGUUCCUGGGAUUCACAACCCGAGUGACAAUAUGUUGUGCAGUCGAUUGCAGUAACUGCCAAUUUGGCCGAUUUUUGGGUUGAAACGAUACUGUAAAGUGCUUGAUAAGCAACGCAUUUUAAUUGAUAUUUUGACCUAAAUUAUUUUUAUUUUCUGACAAGGUUCCACUUUAGAGUUUAUAAGUCUACGGCCUUUCUCGCCUGACUAUGUGCCUGUCUGUACAAUGUGUUCCAAAUUAUUAGCCAUACAGUAUGUCAAGUUUUUUUUAAUAGCCAAUGCUAUUUAUAGUGAAUAACAUUUUUUGAUCAAGAAUUGCACUGUGUUCCAAAUUACGCAUAUAAAACAUUUAACCUGACAUAAGUUAAAUAUUUGAGUUUUUGUUUUCCUGGGGAAAUUCAUGCAUAUCACUAUUGGGCAGAAAUCGCCAAUGUCCAAAUUUAGUCGGUUUCAUAUUUUUCAACACAAAGCUACACUAUUGGUAAGUCCCCACAUACAGUAGGUCUGUUAUUUUUACAAAUGAUUAAUCAAUCAAAGUGUUGAAAAUGGCUUGUUCUCUUUGACGGUGCAAUGUUAAUGGCUCUACAAACAUGCAAUUUAUUUUGUUUCCUGAAAAGGGCUGGUUUUAGAGAUGCACAGAUUCUGUCUGAAGACAGCGAUAUGCUCUUUCUCCUGUUGCUUAAGGAAGUUGUUCACAUUAUUAAGGAAGUCAUCACAUUUUAUUUUGUAUUUAUUUGCAUCCGAUUUCAGAUAUUAAGGAAUUUAUGGUCAGACAAAUGCUUCAAUUAAGAGUCACUUAAUUAAAAAGCCACUUAUGAGCCGAAAGCAGAUACUUUGGAUAGGGUGUCACCUCGUCAUCUAAGAGGGGGCAAAAUUAAUGCUUUGGGCUGGAUUAAUGGCGUAGGCCUAUUUUCGGUGUCCAGUAUAAAAGAGAGCCGCAAAACAUUUGGUUUCUAGUUGACCAUUUUAUGCGAUGGUUGAAAAGGAAUUAAAAAAAAAAAAAAUGUUGUAAAUUGCAUUGACUGUCAAUGAAAAUGAACAAAAACGGCAUGUUCCUAAUAAUUCGGAGCAUAGUGUCAUUUUUAAUGUCUAAUCCAGAUGCUUGAGGUAGUCUGUCACGAUUGGUUGUCGAAGGAGGGGAAGGCAAGGCAAAAACGUGGAGGACCCAAUGCAGGGAAGCAGAGAGGCAAGGUAGAAGUCCCAAAAUGGAUAUUUAAUUCCAAAUCAAAAGGUAAAACAAGGGUCGGUUACAGUAUAAGAACUGACUUUUCUUCUCUACAUCACCGUUUAUAGCUUGAAGUCAACUGAUCGCUAAUCACGUAUUUUUGGCAUUUCGUUUUCAAAUUGGUCAAUUUACACAGGAUUUUCGACUGGCACACCUGCUGCCAUUGCUGCCAAAGGAUAAUCCGCCGCACUAAUUUGCUCUGUGAAGUACAGAAAUGUCUGGCCAAAAGGCGAUUGAAUAUUCAUUUGUCUGUCCAGGGCCGAGAGUACAGAAAAUGCACGAGUUGUGGAUGAGCAUAGCGGUUAGCCUUGUGUUGCUAGCUUCAACUAAUCCGAUCGCCGCUAUGUUGUGUCAAAUAAUGUGGGUACAACGACUGUGUGCCAACCGUACUUUAUUCCAACUCUGACACUUGUAGCCAUACGGCAUAAUACCGUAUGCUACACCUACCCUCCCUGCCCCAAACAACAACAACCGGUUUACACUAUUAGCCUUGUGGGUUAUUCUGUCACUGUUUUGGUUUGGGCUGUGUUUUGUUUCAUGUUUUCCUGUGUCCCAUGUUUUCAUGCCUUUCAUGCCUGUUCUCGUCUACCUUGUGACGACCAAUCAGCUCCCUCCAGCCACUCGUGUCUUGUCCAGGUGUUCCUCGUCUCGUCAAUUUGUGUGUAUUUAGUUCCCUGGUUUCUUUCAGUCCUUGUCGGUUCAUUUGUCAUUUUCAUUGUCUGUGCCAUGUCAUAAUCGCCUGUAGUUUCAGGAGUCAUGUCUUGUUUCGAGUUUUAGGUGUAUUCAAGUGUUUCUUUGUUACUUUGAUUAUCACUUUUGGUACUUUGUUUUGUUUGUGUUUUCGAUGAUCUUUGUUUGUCUUUUAUUUGGAAUUAAAUAUAAUUUUUGAGACUACUGCCUUGCCUCCCUGCUCUUGAGUCCUCAACAUUUUGGCUUGCCUUCUUUGCUUCCAAAAACCAAAACUGUGACAGAAUGAACUGACCAGAACAGGACAGGGGAAGCACACGGUGUCACCGUGCACACCACCAGUCUGCCUCCCAGCGCCCUCACCCUGGCGACCAUAGCUACCCUCCUCCAGUAAGUUCUUUUCGUUCUUUCUUCUCUGUCCUUUUCACCUAUAUCCCCCACUUGUCCAAGCUAUUCACCAU